UGCGAUCCGGCGCGCAUUCUCAUAAUCUCGCGAUAACGUACGUGAUCUGCCCCUGUUAACAGCAAUGGGAAACCCCGUCGUUUCCUCUUCCUUUUGCUGUCCGCAAGCGAGAUGCCAGGCGGUGGUGUAACAGUAAAAGACGUCAACCAGCAGGAGUUUGUCCGGGCGCUGGCUGCCUUCCUGAAGAAGUCAGGAAAGCUAAAGGUGCCAGAUUGGGUGGACAUUGUUAAGCUGGCUAAGCACAAGGAGCUGGCACCCUGCGAUGACAACUGGUUCUACAUCCGUGCUGCUUCUACUGCACGUCACCUUUACCUGCGUGGCGGUGUCGGCGUAGGUUCCAUGAUCAAGAUCUACGGAGGUCGUAAGAGGAACGGCGUUUGCCCCUCUCACUUCAGCGUGGGCUCCAAGAACGUUGCUCGCAAAGUGCUCCAGUCUCUGGAGGCUCUUAAGAUGGUGGAGAAGGACCCCAACGGAGGCCGCAGACUGACCCCACAGGGCACCAGGGACUUGGACAGAAUCGCCGGCCAGGUUUCAGCUGCAAUCAAGAAGUCUUGAAAUGUAAAAUAAACUUUGAGAACUAA